AUGAAAUCACCAACAUUAAUUUUAUCAUUACAGUGUUACGUCUAUGAGGGUGGUUUCACACUUAAUUAUACUGUAACAAGUGAUACAGUUCCAUCGUUUUCUAAAUGUCAAUUGAUCAAUGGUGGAAUAUGUUGGAUUACUGUUGUUUGGAAUCAAAAUAAUCACACUUCUAGUAUCUUAGUAGAUAGUAUAAAUACUAUGUUUGUCAACUAUACUUUGGAACAUAUCAUCAUGGCUUCAGCUGAUAUGACAGUUGUACAUCAACAUGAAUUUCCACAAAAUAAAUGUAAUGAUGAAAUGAGUUUAAAACAAAUUCUUCGUUCACUGAUUAUUGAAGAUAAAUUUGCUCAAGAAUUAACUCCAUUACUUGAAAUUAUUUCUCCAUUUGAUGCACAUUCUACUGCAUGUUAUGAUUUUAAUAAUUCUACAAUUGAUUGUCCUUCAACAGAUCUUGGCACUUGUCAACGGUGUCAUAUUUCUGUUGAUAAAGAGCCUCCAUCGAGUCAACAAAUCUGUGCAACAUGUCCUUAUUAUUCUGAAGAUGCUAAUUCAAUAUCACGUCAAAUUAUGUUUUUACUAGAUAGUCGAACACAAUCACAGAAUAUUGCUAAAAUCAAUUGUCAACUCAAGGCAUGUAAUUCAAUUGAUAAUAUUAAUCGAGUUUAUAAAGCAAGCAAAAUUACAUUUGAUUUUGAAGAGUUUUUCAAAAAUUACUCGAACAAUAAUCUGUAG